GCGGCCCCUCCCUCAGUGUGCGUCCCCGUCUGCGUCUGCAUGCGCGCGCGCUCUGAGGGGACGAAGAGAAGCAAGCACACGGCGAUCGCAUUGGACGAGGUCGAAGGGAAGAGAAGAGAAGAGAAGAGUGGAACGAGGGAAAAGGGAAAAGGAUGAAAGGAUAGCGAGAGAGACAAGGGCACAGAUUGGAUGAAGGGGAGAGUGGUGGUGGUGGUGAGCACUGUCACGGUACCACAUUCCGAUCAGAGAUCAUCAACUCGAGUAUCGUCGCAUUGUAGAGAGAGAGAGAGAGAGAGAGGGAGAGGGAGAGAAUAUGCACGGGAGGGAUUCUCCGCGGUGGAUUUGCAUUGUGAAGUAAAAAGGUGUCAUUCCGAUAAUCGCCAACAACAAGUUGACACAAUGGAAGAAGCUAUAGAGCAACUCCAGGCCAAAGACACUAAGGAAAGAAUGGCCGGAGUAGAGAGGCUUCAAACGCUUCUGGAACAGAGUCGAAGGGGACUUUCGGCGACGGAAGUUGGAAGCCUUGUGGAUGCAUCGCUAGUUUUGCUCAGAGAUAACAAUUUUAGGGUAUCUCAAGGGACAUUGCAGGCAUUGGCCUCGGCUGCCGCUCUGGCUGGUGAGCACUUGAAGCUGCACUUCAACUCGUUGCUUCCCGCCAUCGUCGAGCGCUUGGGGGAUGGGAAGCAACCUGUACGUGACGCAGGGCGACGGCUUCUCCUGGCACUUAUGGAGAUUUCUUCUCCAACUAUCAUCGUUGAAAGAGCCGGAAAUUACGCUUGGGCUCAUAAGAAUUGGAGGGUACGCGAGGAGUUUGCUCGUACUGUGGCUUCAGCCAUCAACUUGUUUGCGGCUGUGGAACUUCCAUUUCAAAGGCUGCUUUUACCUUCAGUUUUGCAGCUUCUGGAGGAUUCUAAUAGCAGUGUAAGGGAAGCAGCCAUGAUAUGCCUGGAGGAAAUGUUUCGGCAGGGAGGUUCUCAAUUUCGGGAUGAACUUCAACGCCACCAUCUACGACCAGCACAGCUGAAAGACAUCACCUCGAGAUUUGAGAAAAUUGAGCCUGUCCGUCCUUCGUUCGAGAGGUUAGCAAGUCAGGCUCCACCACCGAGUCAUUUCAACAUGACAAGUCAGUAUGGGGCAACGGAACACAAAGCCGCUGCACCAGCAGCAAAUCCCCGACGCUGUAGCCCUAAGGCUAAGCCUGCGUCAAGUGAUACUUCGUCAUUGAACGGUGAAAACGAUGCUGGCGAAAAGCCCGUCGACCCAAUUCGAGUUUAUUCCGAUAAAGAACUAACGAAAGAAGUAGAAAAAGCUGCUGCUAUGCUUACACCCGAGCAGGACUGGUCUGUUCGAAUUUCAGCAAUGCAAAAGAUCGAGGGGCUAGUCGCCGGAGGUGCAACGGAGUACUCGUGCUUCAUGUCCUUGAUGAAGCAGCUCGUGCCUCCUCUGACCAUUCAACUCUCUGAUCGUCGUUCGAGCAUUGUCAAGCAGGCUUGUCACCUUCUAAACAUGAUAUCAAAGGAACUUCUUCAAGACUUCGAGCCUUUUGCCGAGGCGUUCAUACCUGUUCUGUUCAAGAUGGUUGUUAUCACUGUACUGGUGAUUGCGGAAUCAGCAGAUACCUGCAUUAAAACCAUGCUCCGAAAUUCGAGAGUAAGUCGAGUGCUGCCUAAGUUAAUGGAGUGUGCGAAGCACGAUCGAAACGCUGUUUUGCGAGCAAGGUGUUGCGACUACGCUCUCCUAGUUUUGGAGCAAUGGGGUGAUUCUCCGGAAUUGCAGCGCUCAGUUGAGCUUUACGAGGAGCUUAUCAAGACUUGUGUUGGUGAUGCCAUGAGCGAGGUUCGAUCCAUCGCUAGGAUGUGUUAUCGCGUCUUUUGCAAAUGCUGGCCAGAGAGAUCUCGGCGACUAUUUGUGUCCUUCGAUCCUUCUGUCCAGAGGCUUUUGAAUGAGGAAGAGGGUGGUUUUCAAAAGCGGUAUGCAUCACCUUCCGUGCGAGAUCGCGGUUCACAUGGGCAUCAAAGCCACUUGAGGCAAUCUACCACCGUGCCCAUCACUGCCAGUGUUCAUCAAGCAGUUAGUCAUAACCCAUCAGGCUCAGGGCCAUACUCCAACUCUUCAGCAGUGAAUGCGGACAGAAGUACGAAUGCCCUUUCUGGAUUAGGGGCUCUUCAUCUGAACAGUGCAUAUCAAAGAAAGUCUGCUGAACUCGGAACGGAAAGAACUCAAGAAGUCUUACAAGCGAGCCAGGAACGUGUAAAUGCUAUAGAGAGCAUGCUCAGGGAAGUCGAUAUGAGCGAUAAAGGAGCAAGUCGGUCUUCUUUGAGGGAACCAGUGGGUGGCAGUUACAGAAAGAUCCAUGCGGCAUCUGUGGCCCAGCGUGUUGGGGUUGAUCCACCAUCUGCUCGAGAUCCUCCACAUCCUGCCUCUGCACCCGCUUCUCAUCAGAGUUCUAAUCGAGCUCUCAUCUCGGGAAACUCUGCCUCAUCUUUCGUUCGGAACAACGUUACUUCGGGUUCUGUCUCAGGAGCUGGCAUGGGAAACUUCACAACCCAGUAUGCUGGAUCUUCAGAUCCUGGAAAGAACUCACACGCUCUUGGUCGAGACGGUCUUCACGCCCUCGGUCGAGAAGCGGAUCUCUCACAUUCGAGUUCUAUAGCCCGGAGCAUGAGCAUGGGAAACCAGUUUUCGGGCAACCAGUAUAGUACAGGAGUUGCUGCACAAAGAGUAGUUCUUGAUCGGCAUGGAUUAAUGGGUGCAAAUGGAGAUGUUGGAGGGCCUAAGCGAAUCAUAAGGCCUGAAUAUGUGGAGAAAGGUGCACUGGAAGCCAAUGGUAUCCCUGGUUUUCAAAGGCCAUUGCUUAGGCAGAGUACUUCUGGAAGGUCUUCAGCGAGCAGCAGAAGUAGUGUUGAGGAGAACACUGUGCUUGCUGGACUAAACGUGAUUGGGGAAGCUCAUAGUUACAUGGACGGUUUGAUGUCUCUAAAUGAUGCUCUGACUGAAGGUUUGAGUGUAAAUGCCGAUUGGUCUGCACGAGUUGCAGCUUUCACUUUCUUAAGAAAGCUCCUGCAACAAGGUCCGAAAGGCCUCCAGGAGAUCACUCAAAAUUUUGGCUUGGUUAUGAAGCUUUUUUCUGCACAUCUGGACGAUCCACAUCAUAAAGUAGCGCAUGCUGCUUUGGCCACUCUUGCAGAGCUCGUACCUGCUUGCCGCAAGUCCUUCGAAGCGUACUUAGAAAGGAUAUUACCACAUGUAUUUGCCAGAUUGGUUGACGCCAAAGAGGUCAUUCGACAGUUAGGUACAACCGCUCUAGAAAUAGUUGGCAACACGUACAGCAUAGAUUCCUUGCUACCUGCUUUGCUCCGCUCUCUGGAUGAACAGAGAUCACCAAAAGCGAAGAUGGCUGUGAUUGAGUUUGCCAUUGCAGCAUUUGCAAAGUUAGCUCUUAAUGGGGAGGCUGCUGGAGGAAGUGGCCUUCUGAAACUCUGGCUUGCCAAGCUUGGUCCACUUGCGAACGAUCGAAAUUCAAAAUUGAAGGAAACCGCAGUCACCGGGAUAAUCUCUGUUUAUUCUCAUUUCGACUCGACAACAGUGUUGAAUUUCAUCCUGGGUUUAUCAAUCGAGGAGCAAAGUCAUCUGCGACGAGCUCUGAAGCAGUAUACUCCUCGCAUUGAGGUAGACCUCAUGACCUACUUGCAGAACAGGAGUCAGCGUGCUGCUCGAGUCAAAGGUGCUCAUGACCAUUCAGACGCCGCUUCAGCGACAUCCGAUAGUUUCACUACACCUACUGGAAGAGCCUAUUCUCUGCUGACCGGCAACCAGUCUUCAACCGGGUAUGGCUCCGGCUCCUUCAACAGUGAUGGUGGUGGUAGAAAGUGGACAGCCACUCAAUCAGAUGCAGUGCACACAGGCAAUAGAGUGCCUACAUCCCAUUCGGCAGGAAGUGAGUCUAAUAUACCGACUUACAGGAGCUUUGACUCCACAGGUAAUUCAGGUGAUCUUAGUCAUUUGAGUGCCUAUUCUGGGAGAACCAAGGAAGUUGCGAACCCAAGUGAAAGCAAUAGUCAUUCAAAUUUAUAUCUUGGAAGAAUCAAGGAGGGAGCUAAUGGAACCGAUGGAAAUGAAGAGAGGACAGCGGAGAGAGAGAGGUCAGCAGCCUGGUUAAGCCAGGUUCAGGCUCGCCGAAUGACUAUAGACACGAGACAUGAUUAUGGUAAUUCUCCUUUAAACGAGGCCCAGAGCAUGGUCAACUCUGAACAAAGGGCUGCCGCCGGUGCUUCUCCCGGGACUAGACUCAUGAGUCAGAUGCAACCUGAACCUACGCCUAAAUAUGAUGACCACCAGGCAACACAAAAGACUCACCACAGAGUUCUGUCUCAAGAUUCAAACUCAAAUGUUCCCAACCUUCUCCAUCAGAUGACAAAUUGGGGCAGUGGCAAACCGUCCAAGGAGAAGCAGGAAGCUCUUCAGGAGUUAUCGAAGAUAUCAAGUUCGAAUGAUGUUGCAGUCUGGGCGCAGUACUUCCACCAGAUAUUAACCGUUGUGCUUGAAUCACUCGAUGAUCCUGAUGCCGUCCUCAAGGAACUUGCUCUGACAGUUAUAUAUGAGAUGCUCAGCAAUCAGAGAGAUAGGCUUUUAGAAUCGACAGAAGUCCUACUAGAAAAGCUUCUCCAUUCGACGAGGGACACAGAUACUAAGGUAUGCAAUGCAGCGGAUCGUUGUCUCACUACAGUUCUGACAGAGUUUGAUCCAUACCGAUGCUUGACCGUUGUGGUGCCCCUUCUUGUCAGCGAAGAUGAAAAGGCUCUUGUGACUUGCAUUGGUUCUUUGACGAAGUUGGUGAGCCGUCUUCCUUCUGAAGAACUUAUGGCGCAGCUACCUUCAUUUCUACCCGCUUUAUUUGAUGCAUUUGGCAACCAAAAUGCAGACGUACGGAAGACUGUCGUGUUCUGUCUUGUGGACAUCUAUAUUGUCCUUGGGAAGGCAUUUGUGCCAUAUCUUGGAAGUCUUAGUAGCACCCAGCUGCGGCUUGUGACGAUAUAUGCCAAUCGCAUAUCUCAGGCGAGAACGGGAGCGCCAAUGGAAGCUCAAAAGCUUUAGGAGUUGCAGCUGCUGAUUAAACGAUGGAACGCAAUCUUGAAUGCCGGAGAUCGUGGUUGGUAUCAAGAGCUGCUUAUCGGGGGGCUAUAUUUCAAGAUGGCACCCCAGAAAAUACAGAUUUUUUUUAAAAGUUUUGAGUUGUACUCCUUGAGGAAUUUGUUUGCUCUUGUUUGUACCGAUCGGUACAAGCCACCUUUUCUCCAACCAGUAGAUGUUAUCUAAGAAAUCUGUCACAUUAAUUUUAUGUAGAGACUGUUGAGUCAUCUAUCCGCGUUACUGAGAUGCACUUGCGUCUAGUGGAGCCAUACCGCAUCAUCUUUGUAAAUGUUUUUCCUCUGCUAAGGUUCCCUUUUUGACCAAAAGGAUAUUGUGUUGGAUAACAGUGGUGAUUAUCACCACAUGAUCCGGCGAGAAUUUUUUUAGCUCAUGAGCACUUCUUGAGGCAUUUGCAGCACCUCGUGACUUCGUCUUUGGUUUUGUUCCUACACUUCGGGCUUGCAACGUUGAUCAUGGUUAUCCGACUCUAAUAAAACGGUCCGUUGAUAGCACU